AUGGCUGCAGCUGCUCAUCAUCAAGGCAAUAUUCAUCCACCUAAUCCACCGAUAUGGUCAACUCCAAAUAAUUUUGCAGUAGCAUUGGCUGCUAUGGCAGCAGCAGCUGCAACCUCUCAUAACUUACCUGUUCCCUCUGCACUGAACUCUUCGAAUUCAAGGAGUGCUAUAUCUGAUUCACCUUUAUUUGCUGGACUUGUCAGUGCUGGCAAACUGAAUCCAACUAUACUUGCAAUGUUGAAUACUUCAAAUCCUGUCAAUCCUUCAAGUCUAUCCUUAUUGAACAGUAUUCUCCGAAAUGCUACUACCUCUGGAAAACAUCCGAACAAUAGUUCAUGGCAUUGA